AUGCCAAAGCAAAAGAGGUACAAGAAUCUACUUAAAGCAACAGCAGCUGCAAAUUCUUCACAAGACAAGUCAAUUGCAGCUGCAAAUUCCUCCCGAGACAAGUCGGCAGCUUCAAAUGCAUCACAAGUCAAGUCCGCAGCAGCUGCAAAUUCCUCCCAAGAGACAUCGGCAGCUACAAAUUCCUCCCGAGACAAGUCGGCAGCAGCUGUAAAUUCCUCCCGAGACAAGUCAGCAGCUUCAAGUUCCUCCCGGGAUAAGUCAGCAGCUUCAACAGCAGCUGCAAGUUCAUCCCGAGACAAGUCGGCAGCUUCAAAUUCUUCUGAGCAUCCAUCCGAACCUAAACGUAAACGUGGACGUGAAUCUAAACAUUAUUGGACUGUUGAUGCCAUAGCAAUAGGAGAAGCAGCUGGACUCCUUGCAGGAGUUUGUGGGCAAUUGGCCACCAAUUGUGUAGCAUUUCCAAUCAGUUUUGAAAAGUGGUCAGACAUUCCAAAAAGCUUUUUUGAAAAUCAAUGGAAUAUUUUUUUCCUAGCUCGAUUUUGCUUCAAAGUGAGUGAUAACUUGGCCAAACGAUUUUUGCUCCAAUCACUUGGCAAAAAAUGGAGGGAACACAGGAUAAAGCUUUGGAAUGAUUUUUAUGAUCCGAGGUUGAGUAAAACCGAGAUCAUAAAUAAUGCACCAGAAGAUAUUGCUCCUGAUCAAUGGGCUUUAUUUGUAGAAUAUCGUUUGAAGCCUGAAACUCAGAAACUUUGUAAGAGGAAUCAAGAAAUUCGGCAAAAACAAAUAAUUCCUCAUACUUCAGGUGCUAAAUCAAUUGCAAGAAGAAGGGCUGAAUUGACGGAAGAGACGGGAAAAGAAGUUAGUAGGGUUCAAAUGUGGGACAUCACUCACAAGAAAACAGAUGGAAGUUAUGUUAAUGAAAAAGCUAAAGAAAUAGCGGAGAAGAUUGAAGCACAUAGCAGCCAACAACCGAUGGAAUUAACUCUUAAUUCUCCUCUUGAUGCUCUUGGAGUAGUUUUUGGGAAAGAGCACCCUGGUCGUGUUCGAGGUUUAGGUAUGUGAGCUGUUCCAACAAUUGCUUUCAAGAACAACACUACAAGGAUUAGUCAAAUGAAUUUAGGUUCUUCAAAUGAUGUUGGAACAUCAUCUACUUGUGGUCCAAAUGUGCAAGAAGAGUUGGAUACCGUUAAAGCGCAAUUGCAAGCGCUAGUCUCUUAUAUUGCUUCUAAGGAAGGAGGUAAAAUUCCAAUACAAUUGGCUGGAAUGUUUCCUACUCAACAAGUUUCACAGGGAUUGGAUCAGGAGAGUGAGAUUCCAUCACCAAAAGAGUUAGGAAGUAGGUCUUCUGGAGCAAGCAACAAGGAAGCUUGAUAUGUUAAGA